AUGAAAAUCCUUUCAGUUUUUCUAUUUGUUUUUAGUAUUUACAUUUUUGGUCAUGUAUCCGGCACCGGAAUUAGAAUCGUGAACGAACUCAAAUCUCAUAAAAACUUAUGGAUGAGGUGUUAUUCCAAAAAUGAUGUAAUAGGUCCAAAAAUAAUACCAGUGGGAUAUGAUUACGUGAAUAGUUUUCGCGCUAACAUUUGGGGUACGACUCGUUUCAUGUGUACUUUGAAACAAAGACCAAACUAUAGACAUUAUCAAAAUUUUACCGCAUUUAAACAAUAUACUGCUUAUGAUAAUGGAGCUGAUUGGGAUUGGAGAGCGAGAGAAGAUGGAAUCUAUUUAAAGAAAGAAGGUGGCUUAAAAAAGUCGGUUGAUAUGAAUAAAGUAUAUGAUUGGAUAAAUUAA